UGACAAGGAGGGUAAGCAGCGGGGUUGCAUGCGUAGUGCUUAUUCUUGUGACUUUUCGCAUCAACCAAGUCCGAGUCCGAAGGUAUUGGACUAAGUAUAUAAAUCGACAAUAUCUCGUCUUUUAUUCUGCAAGGCUCGCAUCAGGUAAUAUCAGUGUUGAUAUUGCGAUUUUAGUAUGGCUUCAAAUCAGAACCCUGUCCGCAUUGCUAUGCGCGAUAAGCACUACAAUGAACGCUCCGAGAUUCAGAAUGCGGCUAUGAAAGCUGGUCUUGACUUGAUCCCCAACUUUUCAGACAGAGACAAUUUGGUAGUCGUUGAUUAUGGAACCGCCCAGGGUGCCAACUCCAUCGAACCUGUGAAGAAAGCCAUCUCAACCUUGCCGGAUGGCGCCAUUGCUUCUCUCAUCUUCGAAGAUACCCCAUUCAACGACUUUGGAACCUUGGCAAAGACUGUCUUGGACAACUUUAGCAACGAAGACAGCAAAAUUCAGAUCGUUCCAAGUCUUGUUCCACUGGGAUUCUAUCAGCAGGUCGUCCCAACCAACCAAGCCGACAUUGGUUUCUCCUGGUCUUCUUUCAAUUACCUCGAAAAUAUUCCUUCCGUUAGUCUUGAUGCAACAGCAUCGCCAGCUGAAUUCGCAGUUGCUCGUCACAAGGCACUCGCUGCAGCAGGGCACAGAGACCUCAUCAAGCUACUGAAGCUUAGGGCCAAGGAGACUCGAAGUGGAGGAUAUCUUAUUGCAGCGAUAGGAGGCCAGGCACCUGAAGGGGAGAGUACGCCUUCGAAGCCAGGUUCUCAAGUCCUUCAAGCUGGGUUGAUGCGCAUGGUUGGAGAGGGCAAGCUCUCGCUGCCUGAACUGAUGCAGAUGGCUAUUUUUCCAAGUCACGAGCGUACUCCCAAAGAGGUUCAGGCCGCUUUGGAGGAUGAGGCUGUCGCACCGCUAUGGGAGGUGGAGUCUCUGGAGCCGAAGCUGAUUGUCCAGCCAGCCUGGCAGGUUUACCAAGACAAGGCCAAGGCCAAUGAGAGUGAGAAAGACGAAGCUCUAAAGGAAUAUGCUCGAGUCGCCAUUAAUAACGUGGUCUCAGCUUCAGGCUGGUUCUGGGUCGACGUCCUGAAGAGGUCACGAGGCCAAGAUUGGGAUGGAGGUGAAGCAUUUCUGGAAGAGUUCAUCAACAUCACCGUUGAGGAAUUUAUUACAAAGUUUGCGGACUUUAAGUUGGAGAUAUGGUACAACUACAUCAAGCUCAAGAGAACCGAUAAGAAGGCCUAGAACUGUUCGGGUAAUAGGGUAGCAUUCGAUAGGAAACUCCAUGGAGUUCUCGGAGUGGAUGGCGUCACGUCAUGUUGAGCGUGUCGAUUAGUCAGAUUCAACUCCACGGAUUUCCAUGAUAUCUAAAUAAAAUAUGACAUAUAACUCCUCA